AACGACCAAAGUUUCUACCUUUCUCUUGAAGUUAACUGAUCAUCGUGAUGGAGGUGGAGAUCGGGCAGGCGGCGGCGGAAGCGCCUUGGCUGCGGCUGAACGAUGACCUGGUCGAGCUCGUCCUCUCUUACCUGCCCCUGCGAUCGGCAGUAGUCGCCGGCGCCGUAAGCAGGCAGUGGCGAAGGAUUGUCUCCCACCCUGGAUUCGCUAAACGCGCCGCCUCUUCCCGGCGGAGGCCGCCCUGGUUCUUCCUGUACGGCCAGAACAACGUGGUCCUCCGCAAGAACCAGGCUUUCGGUUUCGACCCGGACGCCGGCGAGUGGAUCGCGCUCCCUCCCUCGACCUCCGCGGUCCCCGUCGAAUGCUUCGCCGGCGCGGGCGGGUUCUUCUUCGCCACCAUCUCCGCGACCCGGUUCUGCUACGCGCCGCUUCUCCGUGGUCCCUGGCGUGAGACCUCUCCGCUGUUAUUCUCCCGUUACAACCCCCUCGUCGGCGUCUUCUCCUCUCCCGGAGGACGCCGUCGAUUCAUCGUGGUCGGCGGCGCCCGAUUCAUCGGCGGGCUAGUCAACCUCGAAGAUCCCCUCGCGGUCGAGAUCUACGACCCGGAGUCGGACUCGUGGGAGCUCUGCGCUCCGCUCCCGCCGGAGUUCCAGCCCGGGAACUCGUCGCAGUGGCUCUCCGCCGCCCUUCUGGCCGGUCGAUUCUUCUACGUGUUCGGGAUCUACUCCUCCUCCAUCGCCGCCUUCGACCUGAGCCGCCGCACUUGGAGCUCGUUCCAAACCCUCCGCCCCCCUGGCUUACUCUUCUCCUUCCUCCUCGCUUCCGGCGAUCGGCUCUUCCUCGCGGGCCUCUGCAACACCCCCGAAGGCCCGCCCUGUUUCUCCCUCUGGGCCGUCGACCACCGCACCAUGGACUACGCCGAGAUCGGCGCGAUGCCGAGCGACCUUCUUUCCUGCCUCUUCGAUACCGACGACGACGACAACAAGUUCGCCAGCCUCAAAUGCGUCGGCCUCGACGGCCUCGUCUACGUCUUCAACGAAGACCACCACAAGGCCUACCCAGCCUGCGUCUGCGAGAUCACCGAAACCUCCGCCGCCGCCGCCGCCGCCAACCUUCCGGCGACUUCCUCGCCGCAAAAUCUGCGAUGCACUUGGAGAAAGGUGCCGCCUUUGCCCAGUCCGGUGAAUCGAUUCCACAAGGUGAUCGCUUUCUGCUCCCCUGUUCCCCUAAACUCCGUCCUCCUCGCUGCUGAUCUAAAUAAUUAAGAAUCAUCUAUUUCCGCCAUUAAUAAGAUUCAGUAUCUUACAUUCCAACUGUUCUUCGAUCAAUUAAACAAGAUGCUAAAUUUCCUCAGAAAUCUCCCUUUGCAGUAACACUACUGUUACAGAUUCAAUUUGUGAUCUUCUUGUCUUGGAGUUCGUUCAUCUUUACAACUCCAUCCACUAGGAAUUCUAAAGCUUUGCUACUAACUUUAUAUCUAAAGGAGAAGGAGCAUGUGCACUAGUAGAAAUGCUCUUGGAGCUCAUCAAUUGCUUGGUGUUUCUUCUUAGUGCUGGGGGUAUGCUUUAACUCACCAGGCUCUGUUCUGCACUAUCUGAAAUUGAUUCAUGUGCUUCAGUAGUUGUGUUCUUUCGGAUGAAUCUAGUGGAUAGCGCAUGAGGUGUUAUCAUAAUGACAUAUGGAGUUUGAAUCUCAGUAAAAUUAAGAUAAAUAUAUCUUUUAUGUGCUAGUCAUUAUUCCAAA